AGCAGCCGAUUAUCAUUAUUAUCUUCGAGCUCCAACAUUAUUACCAUUAUUAACCGGAGAUCAUGAUCGAGUUCCGUGUGAGCUAAGUAGAUGCUGGCGUCAUCGCCCUGGAAUCCACAAGAAACCCAUCCAUGGACCUGAUGUCGUCUUGCUUGCCGUGAGUUUAUUAUUCACUGUCUUGAUAACCCUCUUUGACACUUAAGUGAUGGACAAGUUACUUGACUUGCACGUCGCAGACGACGGCAUACCCAGUUCUGUCCUGAAAGUUUCAGCCUUGCUCUCUUCUGCCAUCGUGGGAGCCAUCAUGGUUUGCAUAGCUCGUCAACCGAAGAGCGUCAACCAUACUCGAUGCGAUAAUAUUCCGCCUCGCGUCUAUGAUUUAUGCCACAGCAAUAAAAACGUCACGUCCGAACUGGAGGACCAUCCCGACGAGUCUCCUGGGCGCAUCGCACACAGGCUUUUCCACCACGAUGAAGCUGUCAAAGAAGAUAUCGCGGGUCCCAUCAAGGACGUCGCAGAUAAAGACAAUGCCUUGGAAAGAGCCUAUGAGUGUGGCAUAUGGGGUCCCUCGCGGCCAAGUGAUCUCUUCCUGAAGAUAUACCACGACGCAUUAUGUACCCUGGAAAAGAACCCUUUAGCCGGGGUAGUUUCUCCAUCGCUGAUGGGGAGCAGAGGGGUUGUUCCCUUAACCAUUAUCGGACCGUUGCCCGAUCUCUGUCGCCAUAUUUCGAACUGCAUUGUCCGUGCUGAGAAGGAGAUAUUCCUGGGGACAAACUUCUGGAUCUACUCAGACGCUUCGACACUUGUGACCGACGCCUUUCGAGAAUUGUCAAGAAGAGCAGGCCAGCGAGGAACCAGGGUCGUUGUCAAGAUGCUCUACGAUCGAGGUAACCUCAAACAGGUAUACGACAAUCACCAACGCGUGUCCGCAGAGGAAUACACCAGCGCCAAAGUAAAGCUUCCUCCGCCAGAAGAGAUACCAAACAUCGACCUUGAACUCAUCAAUUACCAUCGUCCUAUGCUUGGUACGUUCCAUUGCAAGUUCGUCAUCAUCGAUCGCAGAGUGGCACUUCUGCAAAGCAGCAAUAUUCAGGACAACGACAAUCUGGAGAUGAUGAUCCGUGUCGAAGGGCCCAUUGUGGACUCAUUCUACGAUAUGGCUCUCAUCUCCUGGCACAAAACCCUCAACCCUCCCCUUCCGAUGUUUGGUUUCCCAGCAUCAGAUGCCAAAAUUCCCAGCUUUGGACAGCAGACGUACACGGGGUCAGAAACAGAACAGACAGGGCCUUUGCCCGAGCAUACCACGAAAGAUCCUCAUUACGACCCUGAUAUCAGUUCUGAAGCAAAGAGAGUCAACGGCACAGUCGAGCCUAGACCGGGCGAAACGAGAACGCAAGCCGUCACUCGUCACUUAAACACCACCAUCCAACCAAACGCCAAGGGCGAUGCUCCUGAUUCCGACCAAGAAGUCCCCAUGAGAAUCUACGUCCAGCACAAAUCCCACGACCCCUUCCCCAUGGCCAUGGUCAACCGCGAACCUUGGGGUGCACCCAACCACUCCAGCGUCCACACCCCCCAAAACGCCGCCUUCCUCUCCGCCAUCACCAACGCGCGCCGCUCCAUUUUCAUCCAAACACCCAACAUGAACGCCGAGCCGAUCCUCAACCCGCUUGUCGAUGCAGUCCGGCGUGGUGUCAUCGUCACCGUCUACCUAUGUCUAGGAUACAAUGACGCCGGCGAACUCCUUCCCUUCCAGAACGGAACGAACGAAAUGAUCGCGGAUCGACUUUACAGAUCUCUCAAAACGGACGAAGAGCGCUCCCGUCUUCGAAUCCACUACUACGUCGGAAAAGACCAGACAAAACCAAUCCAUAAUAGCUUCAAGAGCAGGAGUUGUCAUGUUAAACUCAUGAUUAUUGACGAGAAAGUUGCUAUUCAAGGAAACGGCAACCUCGACACCCAAUCCUUCUACCAUAGUCAAGAAGUCAACCUGCUGCUCGAUUCACCCUUAAUCUGCCGCGACUGGCUCGAUCAGAUUAAUCGGAACCAAAACACCGCAACGUACGGCCUCGCCAGUCCAGAAGAUGGAUGCUGGCAUGAUCCCGUCACGGGGGAACUUGCGACGAAUUCAAUCGGGAGGGAUCCAGGACGGUUUAGUUGGGCUAAGGGUGUCAUUGGUGCGAUUAAGAGGGUGCAGGGUGCAGGGGGGUUUUGAAAUGUUGCAGGUAUAUCAAUAUCAAAUUGAGGGGGGGGUGUGCUGGUGAUUUUGAUCUUCUCUCUAGUUAUGGGGAUGAAAGGUUCUGUAUGACUCAUGAUUGUGAUGUUAUCAUGUAUGUAUAACUAUUAGGUUCUUUACUGUAUUAUGAAUG